ACCGCUGAGUCAAAAGGCUUUUUGGAAUAUCAUCAGCCAUGAUUUAGCCUGGAAAUUGAGGCUAUUGUGGAAAAACUAAUUCCUAAAACAUUUUAUGGCUUGUUUUGUGUAUUUUGGAGGACUAAUUGAGAAUUCUGAGGUACCGCCGGCAUGCCUUCCCUUCCCACUUUGAGCAGCCUGGGGAAGCUCUGCGGCUCAGGACGCAGUCAGCAUGUGGAUCGCACCCGGAUCAAACGCACAAACUCUGUCAAACGCAUAUCUGUCAUAGAGGAUGGACGUGUGACAGAAGUGUUGUACCUCAUCCCGAAAGAACCUGUGAUGCAACAGCUGCCGUUCAUCAACCCUGGAGACUAUUACUUGACUGAGAGCCUGACACCUGUGGCCCAUACACAGGAAGCUCACCACCAGACGGGGAAGCCUUUGAUACGCUGUGCUAAAUGUGGAGAGAUGUGCAAGGGAGAGGUGUUACGAGUGCAGGCCAAACACUUCCACAUCAAGUGCUUCACAUGCAAAGUGUGUGGAUGUGAUCUGGCUCAGGGAGGAUUCUUCAUGAAGAAUGGGGAAUAUCUGUGCACUCUGGAUUACCAACGCAUCCAUGGCACCCGCUGUAACAUCUGUGGAGAGUUUGUGGAGGGGGAGGUGGUGACUGCACUCGGAAAGACCUACCACCCAACAUGCUUUGUGUGCACAAUCUGCAAGAGACCAUUUCCUGCUGGAGACAGAGUGACGUUCAAUGGCAAGGACUGUCUGUGUCAGUACUGCGCAGAGCCCACUUCUCCAGGACCUACCAAAGACGUCGUCGGACGCAGCAGUUGUGCGGGCUGUGGCAGAGACAUUAAGAAUGGUCAGGCUCUGUUGGCUUUAGAGAGUCAGUGGCAUUUGGGCUGUUUUAAAUGUAAGGCCUGUGCCAAAGUAUUAACUGGAGAAUACAUCAGCAAAGAUGGCGCCCCCUACUGUGAGCACGAUUAUCAGGUCCUGUUUGGAGUGCAUUGUGAAGCGUGUCAGCAGUUCAUCACCGGGAAAGUCCUGGAGGCAGGGGACAAGCACUACCACCCCAGCUGUGCUCGCUGUAGCAGGUGUAACCAGAUGUUUACUGAAGGAGAGGAGAUGUACCUGCAAGGAUCAACAGUUUGGCAUCCAAGCUGUAAACAUUCACUCAGAGGCGAGGAGAGACAACGGCCGACAUGCUCGUCGUCUGAGAGUAUAUGUUCCAGACCUGGUUCAAGCAUACCUGGCUCACCGGGUCACACCAUAUAUGCAAAAGUAGACAAUGAGAUCCUUGAUUACAAGGAUUUAGCAGCUAUUCCCAAGGUCAAAGCCAUUUAUGACAUUGAGCGUCCAGAUCUUAUCAACUAUGAACCACUUUACACCACCUCUUUGGAUGAGUCAGAAGAGAGAGAGAGUGUUGGAGAGCUGCGGAGCUCCAGGAGAGAGUGUUCGCCUAUGCCAGAAGAUAGAACCAGGUCACCCACACCGACUGCUGAGGGUUACUAUGACAUGAGAGAACGAAUCCUCCACCGGUCGACAAGUCAAGGCUCCAUUGGGUCGCCAAUCUACAGCCGCCACAAUUACACCCCAACCCUGUCACGCUCACCACAGCACUUCCACAGACCCGAUCAAGGAGUAAACAUCUACAGAAAGCCUCCUAUCUACAAACAGCAUGAUUCAGCUGCCUUUGCAGCCCAGAGUAAGUCUGCUGAUGACAUCAUCAAAUCAGCCAAAUUCCCCUCGGCGUACACCUCUGGUCCAGACUACCCAGCACAGAUAGAGACAGACUGCUGGUCCUUCCCGAUCUCCCAUGCUGCCCUAGGAACAGACGGGAGGAGAAGGUCAAGAGAGGAGGACGAGGAGGAGCUCCAGAAACGCAGACAGGUUCAGGAGGAACAUCUCAAUAAGAUCCAAUCUGGUUUGGGGAAAAUGAUUCUUAAAGAGGAAAAGGAGAAAGGGAUGAUCAGAGAGCGUCACGCACGGAGCCUGUCAGCACAACGCUACGAACAUGGAAGCAAUCGAAAUUCACCUUCUAAAACAGGCUCACUGCCUGGAUACGGGCGAAAUGGACUGCACCGGCCUCAGUCGACUGAUUUUUCUCAGUACAACAGUUAUGGAGACGUGUGCAGUGGGAUGAGAGAAUUUCAGCCCAUGCAUGAUGGCCAGCGUACAUCCACCAGAAUGGACAGAGGAGUGUCUAUGCCUAAUAUGCUGGAACCAAAAGUAUAUCCAUAUGAAAUGCUUAUGGUGACCAGCCGUAGUCGCUCCAAACUGCCCAGAGAUGUGGACAGAACCAGACUAGAGCGCCAUCUGGCUCCGGAGAUGUUCUUUGAAAUCUUUGGGAUGCAAAUUCAGGAAUUCAGCAGGUUACCUCUGUGGAAACGCAAUGAACUGAAGAAGAAAGCCAGACUCUUCUGACCGUGAUCUGCACUCAAUCACAUUGUGUUGAUUUUCUUGAUGGUUUACUCCUCUUCUGUUGUUUCAUGCUAAAACUAUAGUCAGAAGAAAGCUCCAUGCUGCAAUAUUAUCAUAUGAUAUCAGUUUGUAAUAAACAGAGAGUCUAAGCAUUUCAUCUGUAUCUUCAAAAUUCUCAAUACUUUAUUUUUCAUCUCUGUCACUUAAAUUUUCGCUCAUCUAGAAAUGAGUCAACCUUUUUUUGUUCUUUGUUGUUCUUGCAUAUUUUUUUUAAAUUAUGUUAAUGCAGGUCUGAUAAUCUGAGCCUUUUGUACAUUUGCAGUUAUAAUGCUUUUAAAUCACGAUUCCAGUAAAGACUUCUCUGUAAGGAACACUUUUGGUUCUGGGAGGGUUGUAGAUGCUAAACUGAGUAGGUGUCUGUUUCUUUAUAGGCUACCUGUUUUGAGUGCAGUCAGCGAGACUAAAUCCAUAUCCAUGUAUUCACCCUUUGCUAUUGUACCAGCCUCAAAUUAACAUCUGUUUAAUUAAAGGUAAAGUGUAUCAUUUCUGUGCCAACAGCAGCCCUAAACAGAAUUGAAAAAAAUACUGAUCACUAUCAAACACACAUUUUUCAUUGGUCAAACCCACAUCAUUGGUAACUUUUCGAUUUUAUACCACUAAUGGUUCAGAAGUGAAACACUUUAUGCUUUCUGUGCUGAUCUGUGCUUUACUCUUGAAUCAAUGCUGAUGUCCCUGGUAUAUUGUAAAUGUAAAUAAUAGAAUACAAAUUUAAGGGAAAAAUUAACUGCAUUUGCCUUUUUUUUUUUAAGAGCGAAUACUCAUUCACACUGCCAGUUUAUUGUAUUUCAAUUGUAUUUCUGAGUAAAAUUAAAAUGUCUCAAUGUGCAGCUCUCAGUAAAAACCAAAGGCAUUACAGUACAUUAUAUAAUGUUUAUUAUUUCGUCCUCAUUAAUCAAAUCAAUAUGUAUUAUUGUGUCUUCAUAUACAGAGGGCACUGGACUUCCUGUGAAGCUAGUAUAGUGAAUUAUUAGCUGAACCAAAUCAAUGAAUUCAGAUGAAAACACUCUCAAUAAACACCAUAACUACAUUCACAGGUUUGAAUAAACUUUGGGUAAAUAUAA